AUGUCUUCCAAGAUAGUCCCCACGACAGUUAUUCCCACUGGAGAUAGCGAUGAUCUCACAAGGGAGAGAAGGAGCUCGCGUUCGCUCGAAAGACUUUUAAGCUCUAUGGAGGGCAGCACCGGAUUGCCAUCCCGCCCUCAAUCCCCCCUGGCUUCUUGGAGAGCCAGCGAGUUCCUCUCAGAACUGGACACAGCCGAUGGGAACGCAUCGGAGACAGGGCUUGGGCUGGGGAUGCCAACAGCGAGUGGAGCUGGGGUAUCGCUAUCUAGCUUGGCAUCUACGGCCACGCCACUAGAACGGUAUCAACGGGAGGCUGACCAUUCCACACGGGGGGGCUCGAUCGGCGAUGGACACCGUAUGGGCUCUCCCCUACCAGAGGUGGUUGCACGUGGUUGGGGGAGGGACCAACACAGUUUACCACCGGUUGGCGCUGCGGGGAACUCGGCGCUGAAGCCCACCACAAUAGUCUCGUCACCAGGACCAUCUUCAUUGGAGCAAGCGGCAGCAGCAGUGGUACCAUCCCCCGGCGGGAAGGAAAAAUUUGUUGACGCAAAGGCUGACGCUGUUGCUUCAGCAAUGUUGUCGAAAGGAGUGUCAUUGCAGGUGUCGGGCGCAAUCGGCCGUGGCAAAGCGUAUGAGAUGGCAGAUGCGAGGGGAGAAGGUAGGGGCGGGCCAGAAGGACGAGAUAAGCAGGCUCAUCUCAAGCUGCAGACCGUGGCCAUGCUUCCUGGUUUAACGAAGCCGCACGUAGCGUCCUACGCCGAGGAGCACGGCCAAGACAUUUCCGCAGAAAUCAACUCUCUGUCAACGAUAUCCGCUCACGAAGACGUCGGGGAGGUGACCCGCUUCCUUCUGCAGCACGAAUCUACCGCAAAGCUGGCGUGGGACAUUGUCAUGAUGAUCUUGAUCAUAUUCUCGUCCUUCGUCAAUCCCUUGAAGAUUGGAUUUGACAUUGCCUCUCGAGGAGCUCUUCUGGUUAUCGAGGUGCUGGUCGAUUUUGCUUUCAUCUUCCAUAUUGGAAUUACCUUCCGUACUACGGUGAUGGAUACUGAAACCAAGGAAACCAUCACAGAUGUCCGAGAGAUAUCGGCAAGGCAAGGGCGGAAAAAUGAUGGUCUCCCCUGUUUGGUCUGCGUCUGGGCUAGAAUUAGUGCAGAGCUCCGUGGUUGGUUCGUCCUGGAUGUGGCAAGCUCGCUGCCGGUAGCGUUGAUAGCCCAUACUGUGGACGUCACCGGCCAGGAGACCUUCUUCUACAUGCUCAAGUUGGUGAGUCCGCGGUUGGGCCCCGCCUCCCCCACCGCCCUUCCCCUGUUCAUCUGA